AUGGCUGAAGCCGUGGGUUUAGCACUUGGUGUGGUUGGCCUACUUGGCACCUUCAAGAACUGCGUUGACAUUUUCUCAUUUUUCUCAUCUUACAAUUCUUUCGGCCGUGAUCGUGACAGUAUUGAGACAAAGCUAAUUUUGCAGCAAGCGCUUCUUCUCCAAUGGGCCAAACACGUACGUCUCACCUAUCCAGAUUACGACAAGCGACUAGACGCUAUAGACACCCAAUCGGCAAUAUCUCGAGCUCUGCAGGCGAUUCGGCAUCUGUUGAAUGAAAUAAGUCUCUUAAAGCAACGUUACGAAGUAAAAGUAAUAAGCUCAUCACUUAGCUCUAGUUCACCAGAUCUCCAAUCACGUGUAGGCCGUGUUGCUUCAUCUUAUAUGCAACAGUUCAAUCGCGACUUCGAUAAACUAAAGGUCGACGUUGCAGAGAAAUGGAAGAUGGCCUCAGUGUCGAAGAAGAUGCUUUGGAUCAUUUCAGACAAGGAGAAGUUUGAAAAGCUUGUGCUAGAGCUCUCCGGCUUCAUAUCUGACCUAUACCAGUUGGUGCCCGAGACGGACCAUAUAAGUCAGCAGAGCAAUAUCAUGUUGUCAGGAAAAGACGACAUGCCACAGCUGAAAGAUACAAAAACCCUGGCUCUGAUAUAUGAUUCAACAGUCGAGGGUAAGAAACACAUGGCAGUGGCUGCUGCACAAUUGUUAAGUGACCUGCAUGUGCAAGACAUUCUGGAUGCUAUAUGGUUUCGCAGCCUGGAUCACAGGAGGUACGCUGUCAAAGAAGCACAUCAAGAAACAUUUCACUGGGCUCUAGAACGUCCGGAAGACUCUAGAAGUCGGAAUGAAAGAGUCAAGUGGGAUGACUUACCCUCUUGGCUGGAGUCUGGGAAUGGACUAUACUGGAUUUCAGGAAAGGCGGGUAGCGGCAAAUCUACAUUGAUGAAGUACCUAUGUCAGCAUCACAGGACGGUCGAGCUUCUGUCAAAAUGGGCAGGUGCAAUCCCACUGACUGUUGGAUCAUUCUUUAUCUGGAACUUUGGUACAGCUGAGCAAAAGUCUUUGGCCGGCUUAUCAAGAGCCAUUCUAUACCAGAUCUUGAAUGUGCAGCGUCAUCUGGUGCCUGAACUGAUGCCUGCGAUGUGGCAAGACGUCCGACGGCGGGGCAGUGGAAAUCGUGAACCGCCCACGGAUGUCGAACUGAAGUCUGCUAUGCAGAAACUAUCUUCUCGCGAAGACCUGGACGGUUCGUUUUGCUUCUUCAUAGAUGGCCUCGACGAGUUCAGUGAUAAUCACUCUGAAGGAGCUGAUUUACUGCGGAGAAUCUCUCGGAACUCAAAGAUGAAGGUCGUUGUAUCUAGUAGACCAAUCCCAUCGUGCGUAUUCGAAUUCGCUGAAUACCCCAAUCUUCGACUUCAGGACCUCACACAAGGCGACAUCACUAGUUAUAUCCAAUCCACCGUUGGCUUCCAUUCUUACAUGCAGAACCUAGGCGUCUCAGAUCCUACCGGCACAGCAUCUAUAAUAGACGAACUGAUCAAUAAAGCAUCUGGCGUCUUCUUGUGGGUCGUCUUAGCAUGUCGAUCAGUCAUCGAAGGCUUUGCUGCGUGCGACAAUAUUCAGGAGCUCAAACAACGCGUGAACGAGUUGCCACCAGAGCUGGAAGACCUCUUUAUAUUCAUGUUAAACCGAGUCGAGCCACGGUAUCACGAUCAAAUGGCGAAGAUGUUGAAGGUCUGUUACCAACAACACGCCCUCUAUAAACGACCGAUAUAUACGCUUGCGUGGGCAAUGAUAGAUAAUUUCGGUCUGAGUUUCGAGAGAACCAGACUAUUCCAAGUGCCAAUGCAAGAAGAGCGGCGUGCAAUAUGCGCGCCGACGGAAGGGCGACUCCGUAGUCGAUGCGGCGGACUUCUAGAAAUCCAAAAGCAGGUGCACUGUGACCAUUGCCUGUGUGAAUCAACAGACAAACAUGAUUCCGAGGUCGAUUCUACUGUCAUAUUCAUACACCGAGCUUUGUUUGAAUUCCUGGACAAACCAGAAACUUGGAGACACAAGUGCCUUCAUAUCGAGGACGCCGCAUUCAAUGCAAAUGCCGUCAUAACAAUUAUGUGUUUACAGCUAGUUCUCAUAGUCAUACAAGACAGGCCGAAGCCCAAGCAAAGCCCGCAUGUUUCUGACCCAAUCAAAUUGGCUGUGAGCGAUGCAUAUGACUCUGACAACGCAAUGGGAGACGAAGAUUCGAUUUAUUUACUUAAUCGCUACCGUGCCGCCCACACUGGAUUUCCCCUAUUAUAUUAUGCUAUCUGCCGUCCAUUCCACCUAGAACUAUGGAAAUUUAAAGGACCUAGGCUCCCACAUCAUUACAAUAUCAUCCAGCUCCUCCUAUGUGAAGGGUGCCAGCCGAACGAGCCUUACAUAGACGACGAGGGAUUGCAAACAACACCAUGGAGACGUUGGCUACAGGAAAAAAGAUUAAACUGA